AUGGAUGUCUAUGGUCUGCACUGCUGGAAACGGAAGAAGGAGAAGAAGCCGGUGUAUGACCCGGAAGUGACGUCAGAGAUCGCUCCGGCCCAGCAGCGCGGUGUUUACAGUGUGGAGAUGAGCAGCCCAGGAGGAGAACCAGUAGCACAGAAGAAGGAGGAGGAGGAGGACAACUUCUAUGACUGCCAUGACAGUCUGGAGCCUCCUGACAUCACAAACACAAAGCAGGAGGACACAGACAGCAGACUGACAGCUGCAGAGGACUGUGACCUUCCUACAAACACACAAACACACAGAGAAGAAGACAACAGUGAGACAGAAGGACAGCAUGAGGCUGAGAAGGAGCAGGAGGACACAGACAGCAGACUGACAGCUGCAGAGGACUGUGACCUUCCUACAAACACACAAACACACAGAG